AGAUAUUGUCGCGCGCAUCUGUGUUAUGGCUCUUCUUUGAUGGAACUACUUCAAACAUCACAGAAAUGUCAGAUUUGCAGCAGGUGCCUGUUGUUAAUUUAGGGCGCUAGAGGCUAGCGCGUGCAUUGCAUGGCCUUGAGCGAUUGAGGGCGCCCUUUGAUUUUUUUUUACGGAGGAGUCCAAAUUCGCUGCAAUAUCCCGUAUCGCAACACGUGGCGAUGUCAGUGUUGUUAUGAUUUGGCGCGUCGGAUAUAUUACGACAUCAAUCAUUAGUUAAAUGUAGCCUCAGUACACUAUCUAUUGAUUGUGCCUUACAUCACUUAGUAAUCAUGGAACCAUCGGUGAGACAAAGGGGCCGAUCAACUUCGAAAACUGUGCAAGAACAGCUCCCAUCGCAGCAGUCGACCUCAGGCAAAGCGGGCUUCCGAUUGAAGUAUGUCAUUCUCUUCCUGUGUUUGUUGUUCACGGCGAUAUUCUUGGGAACUUACUUUCUACUCGGUGCAAUCGGUAUUGGUUACGACACGCUCAGCAGUGGCAUCUUGCCGUCAAACUUAAAGGGUCAUUUUGCAAAGGGGGAUGAAAUUGAUCUUUCCAAACCAAAAGAUGAUCUUCCUGCAAAAGCAAAGCCUUCACUAAAACAGCCCAACUCAAAGGCGCUGCCGCUCCCGACGAUUGUUUGGUGGACAGACAAGCUUUUCCCCCAUUUCCAAGGACAAAAUACCGUCAAGAUUGAGUGUGAGCCACAUCAGGGUGGACUGGGAACUUGUCUUGUUACAACAGAUAAAAACGUUUUGUCGGAUCCCCUAGCGAGGGGCGUGAUGUUUUAUGGGAGUGAUUUCCGAGCGUAUGAAGCUCCGUUGCCACGACAACCCUGGCAUGAGUGGGCCCUGCUACAUGAGGAAUCACCGCUCAACAAUCAGAUAUUUUCUCACGACGUGAUGAUGUCGCAAUUUAACCACACGUCAACAUUUCGACGCGAGUCACAUUACCCAAUCACAACUCAGCACAUCAAUAACCUGGAGUAUUUCACUGAACGCAAACCGUUCCCCCUUAAUGUGAAAAAUCAGCAUCGGGAGAAACUGGCUCCCAUUGUUUACAUCCAGACACACUGUAACGUUCCUUCAGACCGAGACCGCUACGUAAAAGAAUUGAUGAAAUACAUUGACGUGGAUUCAUAUGGAAAGUGCCUAAACAACAAAAAACUUCCAGAAAGUCUACGAGAUCCUGUUGAAUCUAUGGAAGCCAAGGAAUUCCAUGACUUCAUCGCGAGGUACAAAUUCCAUCUUGCAUUUGAAAAUGGGAUCUGCGAGGACUACAUCACGGAGAAAUUGAUCCGUCCGCUUCACGUUGGAUCGGUGCCAAUCUACAGAGGCUCUCCGUCCGUCAAAGAUUGGAUGCCAAACGAUCACUCCUUCAUUUUGGCCGAUAAUUUUGAUUCGCCACAGAAGCUUGCAGAGUUCAUCAAAGGCCUGGACAAGAAUGACAAGGAAUACCUGAGAUAUUUGGAAUUUAAAGACAAAGGAAUUGAUAAUGAGUUAUUAAGAGACACUAUGGCCAAGCGGGUAUGGGGUGUGAACGAAUGGCGCAAACCCAGCUUCAUCAAUGCAUUUGAGUGCUACCUCUGUGGCCGCAUCGUAGAGAGACUUGAAGCAGAGCAAGCCCAUGAGAGGGACCCAUCUGCCCCCCUCCUGCCCCCGUCGAUGGCUAACGGUAACCACGUCGGGUGUCCAGAACCUACCGUGUCAUUUGGGGACAUCAGUGGAGUAGCCAGGGGUGAAGAUAUCCAUUUCUGGAAGGAAGACUACUGGGGUUCCAAGGACCAAGCUGUCGCUCUGAAGCGAAUGAUCGACCGAGGGGCCACCGAUUCCUCCAAACUCUUUGAGGAACUUCAGAAGAUGUUUGCAGAGGGACUUCUAGAGUCUGGCUAGUGCGGCUUGCCCUGAGCUACAGGGGGCCCUCUAACUUUCCCAUGGUUCUUGGAGUGUUUUACAAGGUGCUUUUUCCUAAAAACCACUAAAAUCAAUUUUGCUUCUGAUUUUCCUGUCGUAUUUUGAAUGGCAUGGACAUAGGAAAACAUAUAUACAUGGAGGAUUGCAUGUGAACAAAUUUAAUAGAAUUUUACAUUUAAAGUUUCAGGGUAUUUAGAAAAGUCUAAUAUCAAAACAGGGUUCAAAUAAGUUUAAGUGAUUGCUUCACAUUAUAUUUUGUGCAAGGAAUAUCAGAAUUGUUAACAGAUUGUGUGUGUGAGAAAAUGGAAAAUGGCUGAUAUCUGGAUUAUGCAAUUUGGAGUAUAACAAUUAUAUCAGGUGCUUGCUGUGACUGUAGGAACGUGUUGUUAAGUCGGGCUUAAUUAUUCAGUGUAGAGUUACUUGCCAUGAUUGUUUUUGCUGGCCAGUGGAAUAGUGUCUGGCGCCCUCUAUAAUUGGGAGAGGGCCAAUGUAUCAGUUUCAGCAAGCAUUUUUUAUGAGGUUUUUGGCCACCGUUAAAGGUGGUAUUUAUCAAUUUAGCUGAUUGAAAUUUUUAUGAUUUAAAGCAUUUAGCAAACCUUCGGAUAAUGCAGGUAGCAGUAGUCAUGAAUAAAAAAUUUCCAACCUUCAUUAUUUUGAAGGAUAUUUAGAAGAAAAAACAGGGCUUCUGUUACAGAUGUAACCACCACCUUCCUAUUUUCUUAGAAUAAAAAAUAGCUAAUGUUAUUCAAAUUGUGAAUAUUAAGCAAACAUGCAAACAUACAUUUGUGGGAAAGGGUGAAAAAAUGUAGGGUUUUUACAUUUAAAUUGAAGCCAGUAUAUUAGUUUUACAGUGAAAUUAUGAUGGGAAAUAUUUAAUAAUUUUUAUUAUUAACUACGUUAAAACAAUAUCAUCAAUUAAACGGUACAAAGUACAACAUGUCUUGCCCACAACGUGUCAGUAAUGUAUUUUAAAUAAUACAUCACUUAUUUUUUUUAUUCAGAACGCAAUAGACAAAUCUACCUGCACUCACAAAGUAUUUGAUUGAUGUCAAUAUCGCAUGCUAUUUAGUUUCAUCAAAUAGUGAAACUUACGAAGAACGAUAUGUCUUGCCCACAAUGUGUCAGUAUUGUAUUUUAAAUAAUACAUCACUUAUUUUUUUAAACAAAACGCAAUUAGACAAAUAUACCAGCACUCACAAAGUGCAUUGUAUUUGAUUGAUAUUAAUAUCGCAUGCUAUUUUUUGAUAGUGUAAACAGUAUUUUUUAUUGGGCAUUUUAAACGGUAAACAGAUGUGUACGUGACAGUAUUAAAGCAAACUUGCAUUUUUAUCUUACA